AUGCCAACUGUCCCCAUUUUUUUGAAUGUUGUCUGUGUUAGCUCGAUUGACUUUGUGCUCAUUCAUGCUGCUACCAUGCCAACUUCCACGCAUACUUAUUGUGGUUUUAAAAUUAUUCUCAGGGUCAAGCCCUUGGCUGCCCUAGCAUUGAUUGAUGAGGGUGAACUUGACGGGAAAAUAGUAGUAAUUUCAUUGGAUGAUCCCAGGGCUUCCGUAGUGAAUGAUGUUGAUGAUUUCGAGAUGUAUUUCUCGCUGUUCACUGUGGUGUACUUUGUUAUCUAUGGUCUCACAAUUGACAUCUUCGUCGUCUGCACCUAUAAGACCCACUCAGGAACUGGUUCAGUGACUAAGAUUCCUGAUGGCAAGCCCGCUAACAAGUUUGGUCUCGGCAACAAGCCGGCAAAUAAGGAUUAUUCUUUGAAAGUAAUAAAAGAGACCAACGAGUCGUGGGCUAAGCCCAUCAAGAGAUCCAUACCUUCUGGAGAGUUAUCUCUCGGGUAA